AUGCAGGAGAAUUUGACGAUUGUCAAUCCAAAGCCUCUUCCCAAAUACGAGUACCCGCCAGAAACACAGCAACAAUUUAACAAGCUGACCACAACAAAAGUGAAGUAUGCCGACCUUGUCACAAUCGAUCUCUCCCUGUUUGAACUCCCUGGAGGUCCAAAGAAGUUAGCAGACCAGUUGAAAGAGGCUGUUCAUAGGGAUGGCUUCUUUUAUGUCACCAAUUUUGGUCUCACACAGUGCCAGAUCGAUCAACAAUUCUCUAUCGCGAAAGCAUUCUUUGCUCUCCCGGAAGAAGAACGAAUGAAUUACCUGGCUCCGCUAGAGGAUGGAAGCUACAAUGGUUAUCGUCCACUGGGCUCAGUCAAUAUUGCGCCAGGACUAAAGGACUCGCUGGAGUUCUAUAGUAUCUUCAAGUGCAUUCCAGAGGCUGAGCGAAGCCAGCCUCAAGUGAUUCGUGACUACUGGGCUGAGAUCGAAAAGUUCUCUCGGCAUAUGCACGAAGAAGUCUCCUUCAAGCUCUUGCGGAUUUUAGAGAUUAUGUUUGAACUGCCAGAAAAUCAGUUUGUCGAUGCGCAUCGCUACGAGGAUGUCUGCGAUAGCUCAAUUCGGUACAUGCUCUAUCACGCUCGUUCAAAAGAAGAGAAUGAAGCGUAUCGGAAUGUGCACUUUGCCGCGCAUACUGAUAAUGGAAGCUUGACGUAUAUGUUCCAACAGCCGGUUUCUGCACUACAAGUGCAGCGCACAGAUGAAUCCGAAUGGGAAUAUCUAUACGUGCCAUCCGGAACUCUUGCAGUCAAUGUCGCUAAUGCAUUCAACUUCUUGACAAAUGGAUAUGCCAAAUCUGGCUUCCAUCGGGUGAUCGCCCCUCCCGAGGAUCAGGAACAUCUUGACCGACUAGCCUUGCUGUACUUCUUACGACCAACGGAGAAGUUGCAAUUGACUACUUUGGAUAGUCCGUUCUUGCAGAGAGAGGGUUAUGGGAAAACUACAACUGAGAAUGAUCUGAAUAUAUCAUGGCAUGAUAACUGGAGAGAUAAUGUGAGAAGCCGGGGAAUGCGAAAUUAUAAUAGAUCAUGA